UGCGUGGAUUAUCGGGACUUGAACAAAGCUAGUCCCAAGGAUGAUUUUCCUCUACCGCACAUUGAUGUGCUCGUCGACGAUCUUGCGGGCUUUGAAUUAUUCUCCUUUAUGGAUGGAUUCUCGGGAUAUAAUCAGAUCAUGUUGAAGGAAGAAGAUAAGAUCAAAACCUCAUUCACUACACAAUGGGGAACUUUCUGUUACAAGGUAAUGCCCUUUGGAUUGAAAAAUGCGGGGGCAACAUAUCAGAGGGCUAUGGUGACCCUUUUUCAUGAUAUGAUACAUAAGGAGAUUGAGGUCUAUGUGGACGAUAUGAUUGCCAAGUCCAAGCCUGGAGAAGGCCAUGUUAAAGUGUUGAAGAAGUUAUUUGAUCGAUUGAGAAAAUACAAGCUCAAGUUGAAUCCUGCGAAAUGCGUAUUUGGCGCAAGAUCCGGAAAGCUGCUAGGGUUUGUGGUGAGCAAUCGUGGUAUUGAAAUUGACCCUUCCAAGAUUAAAGCCAUAUGGGAAAUAGGGACUCCCGCCACUGUCAAAGAAGUAAGGGGCCUACUUGGAAGAUUGAAUUAUAUAUCCAGAUUCAUAUCCCAACCGUCAGAAACGGCGAAACCCUUCUUCAAGCUGUUAAAGAAAGGCGCAAAAGUGAAGUGGGAUUCAGAAUGCCAACAAGCGUUUGAAAAGAUCAAGGAAUAUUUGGUACAACCUCGAGUGUUGGUACCUCCUAUCCCUAACGUUCCUUUAACUCUAUAUCCGACAGUUCAUGAUGAAUCCUUGGGAGCUUUACUUGCCCAAACUAACCCCAAGGAUCGUAAAGAGCGGGCCAUAUAUUAUUUGAGCAAAAAGUUCACAACAUCCGAAGUCAAGUACCCAGCGGUGGAAAGGACUUGCGUAGCAUUGGUCCGGGUCCUCCACAGAUUGAGGCGAUAUACGCUGCACUAUCAUAUAGAACUGGUCACCGAGAAUGACCCUAUCAAAUACCUUUUGGAGAAACCAACAUUGUUAGGAAAGAUGGCUAAAUGGCAAAUACUGCUUUCGGAGUUCGAUAUCAAAACCUCUCCCCAAAAGUCUGUCAAGGGAAGAGCAAUUGCUGAUAUGCUAGCCGAGAACCCUCCUAAGGACGUUCCCGAGCAAAACAAGGGAGGUCAAAUCCUGAAUAUAUCCGAAGACAAAUGGACAAUGUACUUUGACGGCGCAGUGAACCUCACUGGAUCGAAUCUUGGGGUAGUUCUGAUAUCCCAUGAAGAUCAACAUUAUCCAGUUUCAGCCAAAUUGGUGUUUCCAUGCACCAAUAACAUUUCCGAAUAUGAAGCCUGCAUCUUGGGAUUACAAUUGGCCAUAUCAUUAAAGGUGAAGAAGCUGCUGGUAUAUGGAGAUUCCAUGCUGAUUAUCUUACAAACCCAAGGGGAGUGGAAGACAAAAGAUCCCAAGCUUAUUCCCUAUCAUAAGUAUCUUGAGGAGCUGAUCCAACAUUUUGAGGAGAUCACUUUCGAGUAUCUUCCAAGAACCCAGAAUCAUUUUGCUGAUGCUCUGGCCACACUAUCGGCCAUGUUACAAGUGCAAAACGGCCUUGAGAUAGAGCCGUUAAGGAUUGACAUCCUUGAGCAACCCGCGUAUUGCAUGGUCAUUGAAGAAGAACCCGAUGAAGAACCGUGGUAUCAUGACAUCAAGAAUUACCUACUGAAGGGUGAAUUCCCGCAGGAUAGUCAACCGGAAGAUAAAAAGUACAUAAGCAAGAUGGCAUCUAAAUUUUUCCUCAGCGGACGGAUCCUAUACAAGAGGUCCUUUGACUCAGUCCUAUUGAGGUGCGUGAAUUCGAGAGAAGCAAAUCUCAUUAUGAAAGAGAUUCAUGAAGGGGAAUGCGGACCGCAUAUGAAUGGCCACCUCCUCGCUAAGAAGAUCAUGAUACUCAGAUACUAUUGGAUGACUAUCGAGUCGGAUUGCAACCAGCAUGUUAGAUCCUGUCAUCAAUGUCGGGUAUACGGCGACAAGAUAAAUGCGUCACCAAUCGAACUACAUCAAAUGUCAGAACCCCGGCCAUUCUGCAUGUGGGGAAUUGAUAUGAUCGGCCCUAUCAAUCCAAAGGCCUCUAACGGACAUCGUUUUAUUCUGGUGGCUAUUGAUUAUUUCACCAAAUGGAUUGAAGCUAACUCAUAUGCCAACGUCACUGCGAACAACGUAGCUAAAUUCAUCAAGAGGGAUAUCAUCUCAAGAUAUGGGGUUCCAAGAGCCAUCAUUACGGACAACGGCUCUAAUCCGAACAACAAGGUAGUCGAUCAACUAUUGGAACAAUUUAAGGUACGACACCUUAAUUCUUCACCUUACCGCCCACAAAUGAAUGGAGCCGUGGAAGCGGCAAACAAGAACAUCAAGAAGAUAUUGGCCAAAACUGCUGAGAAAUAUCGAGACCGGCAUGAGAGAUUGCCAUAUGCUCUCAUAGCUUAUCGAACUUCAAUACGUACUUCAACCGGAGCAACUCCCUAUUCUUUGGUAUACGGUAUGGAAGCGGUCCCGCCAGUAGAGGUGGAAAUCCUCUCUUUAAGGAUCCUGUCUCAAGUUGAGCUCACGGAAGAUGAGUGGAACCGGCAGAGACAUGAACAAUUAAAUUUGAUUGAUGAAAAACGAUUGAAGGCUAUCUGCCAUGGACAAAGUUAUCGGAAGAAGGUGGCCAGAGCUUUUAACAAGAAGGUCAGGCCUAGAAAUUUUGAGGCGGGGAUGCUGAUUGUGAAGAAAAUACUCCCAAAUGCCCAACACCCGGGAGGCAAAUUUACGUCAAAUUAUGAAGGCCCCUACGUGAUUCAGAAGGUCUUAUCCGGGGGAGCUCUUAUACUUGUAAACAUGGAUGGAGAAGAAUUGGCGAAUCCAAGAAAUGCAGACGCCGUGAAGAGA